GUAUCUACCCAGCCAAGAAUCGAGUAUUUUUCGGUCGGGGGUAGACCACCACUUGUGUAGAAUUCUGCCUCGCGAAAUUCUGCGGGGGAGGUUGACAGUCGUUCGAAUAGAAUUGUCUGCCCUCGAGACUCUCCGGUCUGGGUAUGAAGGGCUCCGCACCGCUAGACGUUCGACCCCUGCCACGUGGAGCGACGACCCGAGACGAACUCAGAGCUCUGAUUUCCAAGCAUGGCUCCCUCUCUGAGAGCGAGGUCAUUGCUCACAUCAAUCGAUUCGUCGCUUCUCCGUGGAAUCACAAAGACUUUAUCAAUUUCUUCAAAAAAUCCGGCCAAACGGUUUUUGAAGUGCGAAAUGACCGCCUCUUCUUGGCGAUUAGCAAUUCCACUGACGACAGCUCCGGAGACGAGCGUUUUAUGAGAAGAAAAUCCGCGACCAAAAAAGCGAUCCCUCGCCCCUGCUCUUCCCGAGUUAAUGACUCCGGAUCCGAGGUUGAAAAUCUCGCAUCUGGCUUCAAUGGGAAGUUGACCACUGAAGCGAGCAACGAUCGGGAUCUUCCUGAUGGAGAAGUUUCGGAGCGCUCUUCGGCUCGACCCGUCACGGACAACCCUUCACCGCCGAUGUCUUCUGGAACCCAGAAAGUAGAAGCACCUCGUCCUCUCAGGGAAGUCUUCCAAUGGUCAUCUGAUGAAGAGCACGGGGUCGUCGGCGUCCCUCGACCAUUGGUCGGCAGCGGAGCAUCGGCUCAAGCCCCUUUGCGGCCGUUGGAACCGCCGCCAGGAUUCGCAGCACGGGCUUCUAUGCAGGCGGGGAAACCAUUCGAGUCGGACGAGGAGGAUCAGCAGGCUCCCCGAUUGGCGACCAAAGAAGCUGUCUUCAAGCUGGUUCACAACAGAAAGCGCUACGUUCGAUCUUCUGACGUGGAGAAGCUUGUGACCAUGGACCCGGAUCCGGCUAACAGACAAAUACCGAAGUUGAGUCUGUCGAGUGACGACGAAGAUUAUUCGGACGAGAAGUCUGAGCCCGACGAGCCUAUUCGGAACUCCCGGCCGGACCCUCCUCCACAGCUCCGUGCUGCCGAGACAAAGCCUCCCGGUCCUUCACGGGAUCCUCAGGAAGUACCAAGACAACGUCGCAAUGCUAAGCCCGUGGCAAAGCCAAAGAUUUUCGUGAAUACGGGAGAAGAACGGGGCAAGAGCUUCUGGGACACCUUCUUCACCGAAAAAGAAGAAAUGGAAUACAGAGAGAGCCGAGAGAGGGACUUUGGAAAAAUCACUAGAGACAUAAUGAAUCAUGGGAGAGUUAAAAGAGAUGCCGCCGAGAUAUACAUGAAAUAUUUCAUUUCUAUCCAAAAUUGGAAUAUCGAUUGCUUGUCGAACAGCCAAGUUGUGGCUGCCGUUUUGUCACUGAUCGCAGCGGAUGAGGAUGGCGAAAUGCUUCAGCAACUCCGUGAAGUCGAAUACGACCGGCAGGCUGUUUAAGGAGGUCUUGACGCUAUAAUGUUUCGAAGGUUGCUCAACGACGCUCUACGAAUGUCUCGGAUAUGCACAGUAACGUUCACAUGAGUCAUGUGUUGAGUUUGUUGUAGGAAUCAUGUAUAUAUACUCUACUGAUGGAAUUAAACGAAUGGAUA